AGAACGAUCGACUUUGGGCUCCAGCUGGGUGAGCGCCACGGGGCGACCGCCUCGGCCCCCAUGGCGCCGAAGAGGAAGUCAGGCACCGCCAAGGCGGCUGCCAAGGCCGCCCAAAAGCUUGCAGAAGCAGCUCCGCCACUGGAGAAUCUGGACUUCUUAGAGGCCGGCGCAGGCAGCACCUCUGCGUUGUAUCGUGUUGCUUCCUCCGACCCGUGCCGUGAAAGACGGCCGGUGCAGGAUGAGAAUGCCAGUGAGGUCGUUCCACCAGGAAGCUUUCCCAAUCCUUACCUGGUCAUCGACUUCAAUGACAAGCACGGUGUUUGGCAAAAGGAGACUGCGCUGAGCAAAGCUCUUGGGCAGGAUCCAGCCACCAGCUGCCGCCAUGCGACGCCGGGCUUUUGGAGACCGGCAGGGCUCAGGAAUCUUGGUGCCACAUGCUAUCUCAAUAGCCUUUUGCAGUACUUGUUCUUCAAUUUGGACUUCCGCUACAGUUUGCUGAGGGCUCCAUCGCAAAGCCAAGUGGUGGCCGCCUUGCAGCGGGUCUUCGCCCUGCUUUCGGAGGGGGAGUCCUUGGUCGUCGAUCCAAAGGACUUUGUGACGGCCGCUCGUGUCGAUGCACUGGAGCAGGCAGACGCCACAGAGUUCAGCGCUUUGCUCUUGGAUUGGCUUCAGCGGGAACUCUCUGCAGGCGGAGGUGCGGAGUUCAUUCCGGCACUCUUCGAGGGACAGAGCUCCACGAUUGUGCAAUGCAGUCAGGAUCCCAGCCACUUCUCGGAGAAGCCGGAAUCCUUCAUGGAACUUCGAGCUGGUCUCUCUCCAGUGGCUGUGGCAUUGGAAGCCAAAGAGGCCACAGGGCGAAAAUCCGGGCCAAAGACAAAGCCUGGUGCCAAAAAGUCGAACAAGAAGCUGCCGACGAUCCGACUUGAGCAAAUUCUGGAGGAGACCGCUUUUCCGGAAGAGGUCCUGGACGGCUCCAACCAGUGGCUUUGCCCGCGCUGUGACCGAAAGGUGGAUGCGAAAAGAACCACGAGGUUGUCAAAGCUGCCGCCAUACUUGCACGUCACGGUGGAGAGGUACCACUUCGAGGCUGAAACAGCGCAAAGGAAACGCCUCGCCCACCCAGUGUCCUUCCCGCGCCGCUUGGAGCUGCGGCUGGGCGGCGCGCUGGCCUCGCAGCGACCGGAGGCGACGAGCAGUGAAACUGCGAUGCUUCCUGUGGCCUAUGAGUGCAUUGGUUACUUGGAGCACGUCUCGGACUCUGCGCACAGUGGCCACUACCGCGCGACACUGCUGCGCGAGGAGGAGGAGCCCUAUGUGUCAGCAGUGGCAGGCCUGGUAGGGGACGAAGUCAAGGAGCCUGCGCUGAAGCGGCCCAAAGUGGAUGACCCCGAUGCGGCAGCCGGAGCACCACAGAAACGCAGCUGGUGGCGCCUUGAUGAUGAGUCGGUGACACCAGUUGAAAGCGUGGAGAGUGAAGCUAGUGGAGCUGGUGCUCCCAAAGCUGCAGAAGGAACGAGCAGCUCAAGUGCUGCUCCGCCUCAAGCUUCAGAUCCUGAAAGAAUUGAGUCUGCCACCGCAUACUUGGUGCUCUACCGGCGGUGCGAUCAUGACCCAGGUCAGCUGUGCCAGGGUCGCCGAGUCUCGGGCGUCCCUCGCACAGCGCCGCCCUUGUCCAGCGAACUCCAGCGGUGUGUGGACGAGCACAACACGGAAUUGCGACGGCAGCGCAAAGAGUUUGAGUCGAAUUCCCUGGCGGUCGAGCGCUUUGUGGGGGAACGGCGCCGAGCCGUGAUGUGUUUGGCCGAGGCCUUGCGAGCCUUGCAUCCGUCGCAAGGUAGCUCAUCUGAUCUGAACCUCGUACCGAGCCCAUGGCUGGAAAGGUUCCUGCGAGGCGAAGAUCGGACUCUGCAGAACAUCUUGGAGGGCGAUGCCUCCAUUCAGCCACCCAUCUACUCUUCGUCCUUGAUCCAGGGAAGGACGGGCCAUGCCCUCGAUCCCUUGGCCGUUUGGUGUGGCGAGGUGAAACUGCUGCCCACGGCUGCUUUGGAGCAGGUGGGAGGCCAAUUUGGAGGGUUAGAUUCCUCCACCUUCCUGCGAGCAGAAGCCGCCAUGAAUGAGGAGGUGGCCACGCUGGUUUUCAAAGCCUUCGAGCACUUCCGCAAAGAAUUUCACCUGAAAGGGGUGCUCCAGAGCAACAGGUUUAGUGUCACAGAUGUGCGAGCGGUGGAGAGCUCCGAACAAGGCUUUGCCGUUUGGAUCUCCAUCCGACAAUUGAAUCAAUGGAAGAAGGUGGUGGGCGACACAAGCUCCACAGCAUCACUGAGACAACUUUGGCGAUGCUUUGUGCAAGAGGUGCAUGAGUACCGCUUCGGGAUUUCGCCAGAGGGCGGCGCGGCAGAUGCACCUGAGGCAUCCGAUGAUGAGGUGGCGGUAGAAGCAUCGAGGCUGGAAGUGCCAUCUGAUGUGAAAGAGGCGACGACUCCAAGAGUUAAGCCGUUGACACUUUUGGGAGGCCUGCUGUGUCGGCACCAACUCCUCAGUCGGCCUCGAGCGGCCGCACUGGUGAGCCGCAGCCAGCUGGAGGAGCUUCUGGAGGUGUCUCAUGAGAAAGAUAGCGCCUUCCGCGAGCUGUGGCAAAGCGCUGCUUCCAUGCGCCCCAGGGUGAGAACUGGGCUUCCGGGCAAUAAGCUCCUGUCCUUUGCGGACGUGUGUAGUGAGUGCCGCGGAGCCGGGACCGAAGAAGUCAAGCGGAAAGCGACCGGCAGCGGAAGGCCCCAGGCAAAGCGCAAAGCUAGCACUGGAAAGCAGGCGGAGCGAGAAGGUUCCGCCUUCAACAACAGCGUCUUUCUCUCGUCAGCUGCCUCCAAUCCACCGGAGGCUGAGACGGCCAAGGUAGCAGUGGACUUUGAUUCUGAACCACCUCUUCUUGAAUAAAUUCUGAAGAUAAUUCAUCCAGUCGAGUGAUGUGGGGCCGCCUUCUCACUGGUUUUCCCAGGAGAUUCCGCGUUUGUGGUCCAUCCUUCUGAAGCAAGAAGGUAUGGCUGACAUGAUCAAAGACCUUGAGCUCGCUAAGCUGGUUCGCGAGCCUUGUUUUGCUAAGGGG